GGGUUUUGGCAUAAGCACAUAUAAAAAAGCAAGAUUCCUAGCCGCUUAUAUCGCUUGAGGUUUCUUCCGCACUGCCAACCCCUCUCGAGACGAAAAUGGUUUCUUUCAGGUUUCACCAGUACCAGGUUGUCGGAAGAGCUCUCCCCACAGAGAAGGAUGUUCAACCCAAGAUUUACAGGAUGAAGCUUUGGGCCACCAACGAGGUUCGUGCCAAGUCCAAGUUCUGGUAUUUUUUGAGGAAGCUGAAGAAGGUCAAGAAGAGUAAUGGACAGAUGCUCGCCAUUAACGAGAUCUUUGAGAAGAACCCAACGACCAUCAAGAACUUCGGAAUCUGGUUGAGGUACCAAAGCAGAACUGGAUACCACAACAUGUACAAGGAGUACCGUGACACUACCUUGAACGGAGCCGUCGAGCAGAUGUACACUGAGAUGGCAUCCCGACACCGUGUCAGGUUCCCUUGCAUCCAGAUCAUUAAGACAGCAACUGUUCCCGCCAAACUCUGCAAGAGGGAGAGCACCAAACAGUUUCACAACAGUAAGAUUAAGUUCCCUUUGGUAUUCCGCAAGGUGAGACCACCAAGCAGGAAGCUCAAGACCACUUACAAGGCAUCCAAACCCAACCUUUUCAUGUAAUAAGUCUCUUAUUGACUUUCACAUCUUUUUUGGUUGGGGGCUAGUAUCGUUAUGAUGUCUAUGUUAUCUGUUCUUUUGGCUUUUGUUUUUUCUUGGAUAUUUUUGCUUAUCAAUAUUUUAGGUGUUGUGUCCAUCAAACUAAAGUACUCUCUCUUUCUUAUGAAAAAACUUUUACCUUGUUUAA